GUUGUGAAAGUCCACUUGGAAUGGAAGACGGCAGAAUCCUUGAUUCACAAAUAACUGCCUCCACAUCUCAGCAAUAUUUUCCUCCAAAAAAUGCUCGACUUAAAAGAGGUGCAGGAUUACCCCACUAUUGUUGGGGGCCAGCCGCAACCCGACAUUUGUUUGCACAGGUAUUUCCUGGCAACACUGACAGGAACACUGUCGUUACUCAUACCAUCGAGGUACCAUUCAAAGCUCGCUAUAUUCGUAUCACUGUGUUGGGAUACUCCGGUUAUCCAGCCUUGAGAGCUGAGGUGUAUGGCUGUCCAGUUCAAUGA